AAAAAAAAUUCUUAAAACUCAUCUCUGAAAUAUAUAUAUAGUUAUAAUAUAGUUUAUACAGUUUAUAAAACAACAACAACCACACAACAUGGGUAGAUAUAGUGUUAAAAGAUAUAAGACCAAGAGAAGAACUAGAGAUAUCGACUUAAUCUAUGAUGAUCUUUCAUCCAAAGAAAGUAUCGUUAAAUUAAAGAAUCAACCUAUUGAUGAAGAUAAAACUGGGUUAGCCCAAUAUUAUUGUAUACCAUGUGCUAAAUACUUUGAAAAUCAAAUCACAUUAGAUAAACAUACUAAAGCCAAGAAACAUAAGAGAAGAUUAAAGGACUUGAGUGUCAAACCAUAUACUAAUUUAGAAGCUGAAGCUGCAUCUGGAGUUAAUAUGAAUAAAUUUUUACAAUCAGUUGAACAAUAUAAACAAUUGGAACAAUUAAAAAAGGAAAAUAAUAAUGAAUUCGAUCAAUUAAUUAAUCAAAAGAAAGAUAAUUUGGAUGCCAUAAUAACAGGGGUACCAUCUGAAGAAUUCCAAAAGCAACAAGAAGAACAAGCUCAUCAAAAAGUGAUUGUUCAAGAUUCUGAAAUGGCUUAGUUCGGUUGAUUUCUGCAUUUAAUUAUUGUAUAUUAGCUUUUAUUUUAUUUCAUUUCAUUUUAUUUCCUUCAUUCGUUCCUUAUUUAUUUUACUUUACGUUAUCCAUAUAUAUUUCAUGAUAUGCAUUAAGAUCUCUAUUUUUUUUUUGAUUUGGCUUUUUAUUUUUUAUAUUUUUUUCUUUUUGAUAGAUAUAAUAACUGACAAUAUAGUUUAAUAUGUCAUGAUGAAUUAAUAAAUGUUAGUUUUACUUUUCAAAA